AUGAUACAUAAUAAUCAAGAUCCUGAGGAAAAAUUUCGUGAUGCAAUAAACAAUAUUUGGAGUCUACCAAAACUUACGCAUUGUUAUUUAGAUAUUCAAUAUCCAUAUGCAACAUGGCUUCUUGAAAUGACAAUGAUUUCUCAAUCUAUUACGUAUUUGUCUACUAAAAGUAUUUGCUAUAGUUCAUAUAGUUUAUUACAUUUAUUUAAACAUACACCACAUCUUGAACGACUUCAUAUAGGUAGCAUUGGUCAAUUCUAUGAUCAACAUAUACAAACUAUCAUCCCAUCAUUAAUUUCAUUGAGUAUGUCUGCUCAAUUUACAUUACAAUGGAUGAAAAAUCUUUUUCAACAAAUACCAAAUUUAUGUUAUUUAACACUCGAAAUAAAUAAUAUUUAUUUAGAUGGACAUGGAUGGGAAAAGAUUCUUAGCAAUUAUUUUCAUAAGAUUAAAAAUUUUCGUCUUAAAAUGACAAUUGAAUUUUCUCCUUUGGAAGAUAUAGAAGAACAAGUCAAUCAACUAAUUGAUUCAUUUCGAAGUCAUUAUUGGAUUGAAAAACAUCAAUGGUUUGUUCGAUGUGAUUGGUGUCCCAUGGAUAUAAACAAGACUGGUCUUCUUUAUACAUUACCUUAUGCUUUUGAUACAUUCUAUUAUACAGAUGGUAGUCAAUCAAAAUCAACUACUCCGAAUAGUUUAGAUAAUUUUUAUCGUAAUUCAUCGAAAAUACUUCAUCAUACUAAUCAUAAGAGAGAUCUUUCUCAAAAUUGGAUUCUUUAUCCUGUUCAAUUUUUUAAUAUUCGUCAUCUUCAAAUCAAACUUCCAUUCGAUGACACAUUUUGGUCACUUAUUCCAACAUUAGAUCAAUUGAUUUCACUUGAUGCAAAAUUAAAUCGAGAUUUAGGUUAUUCUCAAUUACAAACAUUACUUGAUCGAGCACCGCAUCUCUAUUCAUUGCGUUUUUGUCACUUUAAUGAUUUCUCAAUGACAUCAUUUAAUAUUAAAAGUACAUCAAUUCGUCGAUUGGAAUUUUUUCAACAUCUCGAAGUUCGUUUGCGAUAUUUUAAUAGUGAAGAAUGUACUAUUUUGGGUAAUUCAUCACUUGCUUUUCAAUGUGAAGUUCUUAUGAUUGAUGUUGAAAGUCGAUCAAAUAUUCUUGAACUCAUCAAUACAAUGCCUAAUCUUCGAGCGUUAAGUAUUCGUUGUAAAGAUAAUGAAAAUAAUCAAUACGAAUCAUUUGAAAUAAAUGAUAAUUUAAUCGAAUGGUUACAUCAAAAUUUAUCAUCUAAAUAUGCAUAUACAAUCAAUCGAAAUUUAUAUAACAUGGCUCGUAUUAAUUUGUGGAUUUCGAAUCCAUCAUUAGAAAAUAAAUAA